CUACGUGGUGAGGAGUGGGACCUUUGUCGUGCACCAACACCACGAUGGAUGACUAUCCGAUGUAUGGGCUACUUGUUGGGUUCUCCCUCUGGGGGACCCUUUGGCGUCUCCUCUUUCCUCUGAGCUUUUGGCCCACUUUCACGUGUAGAGUAGGGCCCACUCGUGGUGGGACUUCCACCAACCCCUACACGAAGGAGGAGGAGGAGAAGAUGGCCGCCAUUCUGCAGGAGAAGAAGGAGAAGAAGGAGGCCAAGAAGAAGGCCUUGAAGGAGGAGCAGGCGGCCAAACUGAAGAAGAUAGAGGAGAAGAUGGCCAAAGAGAAGGAGAGGAUACAGAAAGAAGAAGAAGAGAAGUUGAAAGAGGUGGAAGAGGAGGAAGAAGAUGAAACGCCAUUGCAGAGGAAGAGGGUGCAGUACAGUGGUAGUAGGGAUGAAGAGAUGGAGAAGCGAAUCUCCGAGUGGGUCGCCAACUUAUCCCUGGGCGAAGAAGAAGAGGUGGCGAUGUAUAUCUCUAAAGAUGAUCAGGAAGCCGCUAUGAGAGCUUGGGAAGCAGAAAAGGAUGUUGUGAAGCGGAAGGCAUUGGAAGACGAAAAGAGGAUGGAGUGGAAGUUGGCAGUGAUGAGGGAGAAGAAGAGGAGAGUGGACGCGGCAGCGGAGGCGGCAGAAGAAUUAGAGGAAGUAAAGAAUAUAGAAGAGCAACUGGCCGCCCAGACCGAACUCCCAGCGCAAAUGCGAGUCAUAGCCCGAAACGUUGCACGCCUGACACGAAUUCAGGCGGAGCAAUAUGAUUUUAGUAGGAGUCAACACAUAGCUGUGCGUUCCAUAAAGUUGGGGUUUCAAGACUUUGCGCGUGAGCUGGUAGGCGCUAUAGGGACCGAGGUCUCUUUAGACACCUCCCUCACAGGCGUGGCCGAAGAAUUGAAGGAGAGGAUGCCGGUCUGGGCCAAGAUGAAAAAAGAACAGAAAGGACAGCUAAUUCUGGUAGAUGUAGAGACUUUUAGAGGUAGAGUAGGGGCCCUAGUAGAUUCAGGGGCCACCCGCAGCUAUAUUAGUAGGAAGGCGCUGCAGAAGUUGAAGCUGGGGCUUAAAGUCCAAAAGCUAGCAGAUCCCAUAGUUAGUAUCCUCGCAGACAAUCAUACUAUGGUUGUAGAGGAGUAUGUAGAGGGAGUCCAGGCGUAUUUCCGCCUGCAGAAAGAUGGGAAAGUGGAGAAGGUCCUCCACUCCCUAACUCUCCUCGUAGAAGACAGUCUCCCAUUCGACAUUGUUCUGGGAAUGGAUUGGGGAGAGGCAGUCGGGGCCACGCUCCAUUUGAAGGAGCACGAGUGUAGGCUCCCUAGUUCUUCAGGCGAGGCUAAGACUGUCCGCCUGUUCCAUGUGUCAGGCGUAGAGAAUUCCUUGGCACAUUGUUGCCUGAGCGCGCCCGCAUUCGCCAGAUUGGUGAAGAAGGARAAAUUGGAGGAACAGGUCUUUGUCGCCUAUAUUAGGCCAGUGACUGAGCCUAAGGACGAGAAGCCCGUAGACCCUACUAUUGCCAAAUUGCUGGAAGAGUUUAAGGAUUUAACUAAGCCGMCGACAGGCACGGUGCCGCGGCCCAUCCAGCACCGUAUUGAGAUAGAGYCUGGCAGUAGAACUCCUAAGGGUGCUGUAUAUAGGAUGUCCCCGCGGGAGUUAGAGGAGCUACGGAAGCAGUUGGACGAGCUCCUCGAAAAGGGUUGGAUUAGGCCCAGUUUGUCUCAUUUUGGAGCCCCUGUUCUCUUUGUCCCUAAGAAAGAGGGAGAGCUGAGGAUGUGUAUAGACUAUGGGGGUCUGAAUGCUAUUACAGUAAAGAAUGUUGAGCCACUGCCUAGGAUAGACAAUCUCUUAGAUCGAGUGCAAGGGGCCAAGUACGUCUCUAAGAUAGACUUAAAGUCCGGAUACAAUCAGAUAGAGGUACAUCCUGAUGAUCAGUAUAAGACAGCCUUCCGGACUAGGUACGGGCACUAUGAGUUUCUGGUGAUGCCCUUUGGACUAACCAAUGCGCCAGCUACGUUCCAGCGUUGUAUGAACGAUUUGUUUAGGUCAUGGUUAGAUAGAUUUGUUGUAGUGUACCUAAAUGACAUUCUAGUGUUUAGUAAGACCCUCGACGAGCAUCAGGGUCAUCUCAGGCAGGUCUUGSAGAAGCUGAGAGAAGCUAACUUCAAGAUCAAUGCGAAGAAGUGCGAUUGGGCAAAGACCCAAGUUUUGAAGUUCGUGAGAAACUUCUCCACCAUCGCUGCGCCCCUUCGCAGAUUGCUAAGAAAAGAGACAAUCUGGAAGUGGGACAAGGACUGUACGUCUGCCAUGAAGAAGCUAAAGCAGGCGUUGAUAGAGUACCCGGUCCUUAAGGUCGCCGAUCCGUCCUUGCCUUUUGUCGUUACUACGGAUGCUAGCCAGUACGGCAUAGGCGCAUUGUUACAGCAAGACGAUGGCAAUGGCUAUAGACCCGUAGAGUUCAUGUCCGCCAGAAUGCCUUCAGAGAAGGUCGCGACAUCUACCUAUGAGAGGGAACUCUACGCUCUCAGGCAAGCAUUAGACCACUGGAAACACUGCUUGCUUGGGAGGCACUUCAAAGUCUAUUUGGACCAUGAAACGUUACGAUGGUUAAAGACCCAGGCCAAGAUGACACCUAAGCUUUCUAGGUGGGCCGCAGAGAUAGAUCAGUACGACUUCGAGCUCAAGCCUGUYAAAGGGAAGUACAAUGUAGUCGUGGAUGCUCUGAGUAGGAGAGCAGCUUACUUUGGGGCAAUAGUACAUCACCUCGAUAUAGGAAAGGAUCUGCAGCAGAAGGUUAGAGAAGCCUACGCGCAGGACCCUAUCUAUGCCGGCGCGGCGCGAAAAGUGACGACGUUGGAGCGCGUGAAGUGGUGUGUGUCCCGCCUUCGUCUUCCUGCAGACGACAACGAUCCGGUGGCUCGCCAUUUCUUCACGCGCCCGUCAUUCGUGUACGAGGAGCUGCCCUCAACCACUCCAUCGUCCGCUGGAACAGUGUGUGACGAGGGUCCAGUCGUCCGUCUGUUGUGCGUGUUCAACAAGGCACCGUCGGGGCAUCAUGAUGGAACACGUGUCGCAAGAGCAGUGUCGGCGGUGGCCAUGCGAUGUCGCAUCGAGAGAACGACGGCGCGGUUGAGGACGAGAGUGUCUAUCCGCAGGCAGCGUGAGCUCCUCCAGCACGUUAUGGCGGCGCCAGACUGCGUGUCCAUGUCCGAAUCCAUUAUCCAGUUGUGUGCCACCAUGUCAUCCGGGGUGAUACCGCGGGCGACUCCAAGGUGGUGGAUGCGGAGAAGGACUGGUGGCACGUGGGAGGAUCUCCGGAAGAUGGACGACGCCUCGGACGAGUACUACAAGGAAAAGUUGAGGAUGACCCCCAGGGUGUUCAUGGAGAUCGUGGAGGCGUUGUCCCCUCUUCUGCAGCGGCGGGUGACAUUCUACAGGGUUCCUUUGCAGCCAGAUCACAUUAUCGCAUAUGCGUUGUACCGAUGGGCGAGCGGUGAGAUGUACGAGAGCAGCACGUCGUCAUUCGGAAUAGGGGAUCGCAUCCGGGUUGAUCGCAGUGGAGGACGUUACGAGGGCGCUCCUGAGGGUGUACAGUGACAAGAUCGUUUGGCCUACAAGGAUGCGUCGUACGCUCGUUCUGCG